UAGAUUACCACCUCAUGUUUUGUUUUAAAAUUUGUUUGAAUAGAGUGGUCUACUUUUGUAUAACAAUGGGAAGAAGGAAACCGGGAUUCAGAAAGAAUCACCAUUUCAGUCAUAAAAACAGGGGCAUUCAAGUUCAAGUCAAAGAACCUGCAACAGAUUCUCGAAAGCCUUAUAAUGACAUUAUUAGAGAAAAUGAAAAAUUUGUUCAGUAUUAUAAGACUCUGGGGGUGUGCAAAAAAGAAGAAUUUGAUGAAUUCAUAACAAGUCUAAAAACUGACCUUCCUGCUACCUUCAGAAUCACAGGGUCUAAGGGUGUGGCAAGAAAAAUGUUGGAAAUUGUUGAAGACCAGCUUAUUAAAGAUUGUGUUGAUCAAGUUGAUGAAAAUGAAAAACCCCCCAACAUAUUUCCAUUACCAUGGUAUCCUAACAAACUAGCUUGGCAAAUGGAAUUGACAAGAAAAGAUAUAAGGCGAUGUGAGGCAUAUUAUAAAUUGCACAAUUUUCUCAUAUCUGAAACAGAACAUGGUACAAUAUCUCGUCAAGAAACUGUUAGUAUGAUUCCUCCGUUAGUUUUGGAUGUUGAGUCUCAUCACAAGAUUCUAGAUAUGUGUGCCGCCCCAGGUUCCAAAACAGCUCAACUCUUAGAACUUCUUCAUGCAAAAGAUGAAGCAAUACCAUCAGGUUAUGUUAUUGCAAAUGAUGUUGAUAAUAAACGAUGUUAUAUGUUAGUACAUCAAGCUAAAAGAUUAAAUUCACCAUGUGUGGCUGUAAUCAAUCAUGACAGUGCCGUUUUACCCAAUUUGUUCACGACUCUACCAGAUGGAUCUGCAGAGCAGGUUUAUUUUGAUAGAAUUCUCUGUGAUGUACCGUGUUCAGGAGAUGGAACUCUCAGAAAAAAUCCUGAUAUAUGGAUGAAGUGGACAGCAGCCAAUGGUCUCAAUUUACAUGGAAUUCAAACAAGAAUUUUGAGAAGAGGAAUUGAGCUACUUGCUGUAGGAGGUAAAAUAGUCUACUCCACUUGUUCUUUAAAUCCAGUUGAGAAUGAAUCAGUAAUUCAUAGAAUUUUGUCAGAAUCUGAUGGGUCCAUUGAAUUGGUUGAUGUAUCUAAUUCACUGCCUGGUUUAAAAUAUUCUCCAGGUAUGGAAGAUUGGUUGGUUGCAAGUAGAAACUUGGAAUUCUAUAAAUCAUUCGAGGAAGUUGAUGAAAAAUGGAAAACGACCAUCAGACCCCAAAUGUUUCCCCCAAAACAAAGCGAUAGAUCAAAAUAUGAACUGAAUAAAUGCAUAAGGAUACUUCCACACCAACAGAACACAGGGGCAUUUUUUGUAGCUGUUUUGAAAAAGGUAAAACCGCUGAACACUAAAGAAAAACCUUUCAGAAACAGCGAGGAAAAUACAGAACAUCAAUCUGUUAAUGAAAAUGGGAAACGUGAAUUUCAAAACAAUUCCUUUGAAAGUAGCAGAAAAAGAGUGAAAAAAGGUUACAAAGAAGAUCCCUUUGUGUUUUUUAAUCAAGAAGAACCAGUAUGGGAUGAUAUCAAGAAUUUUUACAAAGUUUCUGAUGAAUUUGAUUCAAAAUGUUUAUUGACGAGGUGUCAUGUUGGCAAGAAGAAAAAUAUUUAUUUAACAUCUGAUGCAGUUAGAAAUUUGGUUGUGACAAACCAAGGUGCUAUUAAAUUCAUCAAUACUGGUGUUAAGGCAUUCGUUAGAUGUGAUAAUAAGAAUAUGAAGUGUGCAUUUAGAAUUGCGAACGAUGGACUGGAAAGCAUAUAUCCUUACAUAGGAUCUGAUCGCAAAAUUGAUAUUCCCAAGGAAGAUUUAAUUACCCUCCUGAUGAAUGAUGAUCCAAAACACUCCCCACCCAUAGCUAAUUUAUCUGAGAAUAUUCGAAAACAAGUCGAAGUAUUAAGUCCUGGCAGCUGUGUUUUAAUAUAUAAGGAGGAUUCCAAUUCCAAUAAUCCACUUGUAAUUCACAUCAGUGGGUGGAGGGGUACUACUUCUUUGAGGUGUUACAUGGAUAAACAUAGCACUGUUCAUCUACUGAGAUUAUUGGGUGGAGAUAUCUCAAAAUAUGACGUUAACAAAUUCAAGAAAAAUGAUGAUGAAAAAGAAGAGACAGCAUCUGUAAUUGACGCUGUUGUUGACCUAGAAAGGAAACCUGAAGUAGGGAAAGAAGUAAGCUGAAAAGAAUAUUUUAUUGUUAUAUGACAUCCUAAUUUUCAAUUUCUAGUAACUAGAAAUAAUAAUUUUUACUUUAUAAUGUAAAUAUAUCAUUUAUAUUUCA